ACCGCUCAGUACAAGAUGAUGAUGACGACAAGGUGGAGCUUAUUGCAGAUGUGGACUGCUGGAGGACUUUCGAAAUAAAGUUGUUCACGCCGAGCCGUCGCGAGGUGCGCGACCUGCUGGACCAAACCACAAAGAUUAUCUCAAUGAAGAACUACUCCUCGGAUUCAACAGUGACUGUUUUCAAACGUCCACACGUCUCCGCCUACCAGUGACACCUCUCCCCUCCCUUUCUCUCCUUUUAUUCCAUUCUCAUUUUUCUGUGCUCUCGUCUGGUCUCAGUUUCUGGUGCUUCAGGCAACUAGUCAGUCUUCUUUUUUCACUUCCCCUUUACCUCAUAUGAGUUGAGGCUGAAGGCCUGUUACCCCUUACAAUGACUGCUGAGGUCGACUCAGCAUCUCAGGGCAGCGGUGUGCGGCUGAAGCAGGAGAUUUCCCUCCUCCAUGGGGUCUGUCUGAUUGUGGGAAAUAUGAUCGGCUCCGGUAUCUUCGUCUCACCCAAGGGGGUUCUUCUUUACACCGGCUCAUUUGGCCUGUCCCUGGUGGUGUGGGCCAUCGGAGGGAUAUUUUCGGUGUUCGGGGCGUUGUGCUAUGCCGAGCUGGGGACUACCAUCCGUAAAUCAGGAGCGUCAUAUGCUUACAUCCUGGAGGCCUUUGGAGGUUUCCUGGCUUUCAUUCGAUUGUGGACGUCCUUGUUGAUAGUUGAGCCAGCUUGUCAGGCAGUGAUAGCUCUGACCUUCUCCACCUACCUGGUCCAGCCCUUCUACUCCACCUGUACAGCCCCUUACGCUGGUGUCCGUCUCAUUGCUGCCCUCAUCAUAUGUCUUCUGACAUUUGUGAACUGCAUGAACGUGAAAUGGGGGGCUAAUCUUCAGGUCCUCUCCACUGUAGCGAAGGUCCUAGCUCUCAUCGUCAUCAUCAUUACUGGCCUGGUGAAGCUUGCACAAGGUUUUGACCAGAACUUUGAGGACUCAUUCAAAGGCUCUAAGCUGAACCCUGGUGACAUGGCCCUGGCCCUCUACUCAGCGCUUUACUCCUACUCGGGCUGGGACACGUUGAACUUCAUCACAGAGGAGAUCAAAAACCCAGAGAGGAAUCUGCCCUUGGCCAUCGGCAUCUCCAUGCCCAUCGUCACAGUGAUCUACAUCUUGACCAACGUGGCCUAUUACGUCGUCAUGGAUGCAGACAGAGUGCUCAGCAGCGACGCUGUUGCUGUGACCUUUGCUGAUGAUGUGCUGGGCUGGGCGCGGUGGCUGAUCCCUCUGUCUGUGGCCAUAUCUUGCUACGGAGGCCUCAACUCCUCCAUCAUUGCUGCCUCCAGGUUGUUCUUUGUUGGUUCCAGAGAAGGUCACCUGCCCAAUGUGCUCUGCAUGAUCCACAUUCAACAUUUCACCCCAAUUCCUGCCCUGCUUUUCAAUGGAGGCAUGUCUCUAAUCUUCUUGUCUGUACCCGACGUCUUCCAAUUAAUCAACUACUUCAGUUUCAACUACUGGUUGUUCAUUGGCUUGUCGAUAGCCAGCCUGAUCUACCUGCGCUUCAAAGCUCCUGAUCUGCACCGGCCUGUCAAGCUCUCUUUGUUCUUCCCGAUAGUCUACUGCUUGUGCAGUGUUUUUCUGGUCGUAGUUCCCCUCUACAGCGACACCGUCAACUCUCUGGUGGGAAUCGCUGUGGCGUUGUCUGGUGUACCGGUCUACUACGUCUGCAUCCACCUGCCACCCAGCUCACGACCAGCCUUCCUCGGAAAGACGAUCGAUAAAGUCUCUCUGUACACCCAAAAACUGUUCCUGUGCUGUGUGACCUCGCCUGAUAUCGACCUUGACAAUUUGGACCCAGAUAAGAUUGAAUGAUGAAACCGCAAAACCCUCUUCUGAAAGGCAGGAAGGAGGGAUGGAAGAGAAGGAAUGACACAAAGGAAGCAGAGAGCUUUAGACAAUCGGGAUAUAGACGAGUAUAGAUUAAUUUAGCUGAGAAUGAAGAAAACUGGGCAGGUGAGCUGCACACACCUCUUCCUUUGUUCUCUCAAGCACAAGCUUUUGAUAAAUAUAUAAGAGCAUAACCUUGCUCUGCUCAGUACAACCCUCCAAACAGCACUGUAUAGAUUAACUCGAUGGAACUUGAGCACAUUCACAUGCUAUUAGUACAGUGUUAUCCGUGUAAUUCCCUCCACACCACUGCAUCUCACGCGCACACAGCUGAUUGAAAGCUUCAUGGUGACUCACCCCCCCCCCCCCCCCGACGACUAGGAAUCAAGAGGUAAUGGCAGUAAGUGCACAGAUGCAUGUGUUGCAUCCCAUCUCCUGCGAAUGAGUCCUGUGGCUCAUUUCAAUGUGUGAAAGAUGAGCUCGGAGGAUUCAAGUGUUUUUGAAAUGACCCCUCAUCACCUGUUACAACUCAGGAUUUGUUCAACCAUUUUAGUCUUUAGGAUCAUAGAAACCUUCAGUAGGUCCCGUCCACUGGUGUACAUGCUGAAAGCUGCAGACUUGAAUGUUUUGAUUGGAAAAUGAUCUGUCUGACGCCAAUGCAAACCAGUUUGUAGUUCUUAUUUUGUUUACAUCAUCUCAAUCGGUAUUGAGGCCAAAUUUUGUCCCCAAAACCUUGUUCUUGGGCUUUCUGACAGACCUCUGAUUCAGCUUCUUUUUUUCUUUGUCUUGUAUUACAACCACCAUGCUUAUAGAAAUGCGUUCUCCCCGUCUAUCACCAUACUUGAUGACCAAGUAGACAGAUCUGUAAUAAUUAGAUUGGUUAGAGGAAGAAGAUUAUUUACCAAAGUGCUGUUAUUUUGUUUAUGGGCCUGCACCUGUUGAUGCGUCAGCUGACUAUGAUGAUGAAUCCGUCCCUAAUGUGCAUCCUCUUUCUGUUCCACCAUUAACCCUUCGAAUGCUUCAGGGCUAUAUUUGAUUUCUGGUGCCUUCUAGUGGUAGCUACUAUUCACAUCCAGGGAGAUUUUGAGAUUCUUCCGUGCAGCAAUCAAGAGCCCAUCUGGAAGGUUGACCUUUUUACGCAUGCUUUUCCCGUCACUUUGGACUAAUGUAACCAAGCGGUUGUGCCGGUUUUCCCAAUCAACCGGGUUCUCACUCCUUUUAGAGUCUCCUCACACAAACCGAGACAAUGUGCACACGUUGUAGCUGUUAUCUUGAACUAUUGUCUUUUUUUUCUAACUCGUGUCAAAUAGUUUGUAUCACAAAUAUAUGUAAUAUGUGUAUUUAAAGAUGUUGCCUUGUCAAUAUAUCUCGAGCUGGGGUCAUUUGUUCACCGUACACAGCCAAAGGUCUUAAACAGGCUGAUAGUUCUUUCUACUCACAGAGUGA